AUGGAGGUAGCCAAACAGUUAACCUACGGACUGAACUUAAGACGGUGCCUGAAAAAUGAGGAUUUGAUGAGUUUGAAGAGGGAGAACCUGAAGCCGCUAAAAAAUAUUUUCAACAUAUCCAAGGGGAAGAAAGAAAGCAAGGAGGAGGAAAAGGAACCAAAUGGGAAAGAAAAGAAGGAAAAGCAUGAAAGGACAGUGGAAUUGUUGCGUUUUUCCGAAUUCUGUGCGGACCCUAAUUUGGUGGCAAGCUACAUGAAGGGUAAUAAAAUAAACAUCGAGUUUGUGAACAUGAGCGAUAGUGUGGUGCCCAUUCGUUUCUUCGAGGACAUUUCAGGGGAAUCAACUGGAGAGGAAAUCAGGACAAGCGGAAUACCUACCGCAUCAGUGGAAGAGAAGAACAACGAUGGUUGUACCACCCAUGCGGAAAGGACAACCCUUCCAAGGAGUGACUAUCAAAAGUUAAUUAACACAAUUAAGGGCACCUUUGGAUUUAAAAGCCCAACGAAUAUUCAGAAAAUUUGCAUCCCCACGAUUUUGAGGGGGUGGAACACCAUUUGCAUUUCUCAGACGGGCAGUGGGAAGACCUGCGCCUUUUUGAUUCCCCUCCUGGUUCGGCUGAUCUGUUCGGGCAGGGAGGAACAUAAACAGCAUCAGGGGGAACCCGUGGUGAAUAAUUCUGUGGAUAAACAGAAAGGUCCACAUUCCCCUCCGGGGAAGGACAACCGUGAAUCCGACGCGGAAGAGAAAGAAAGUUCCACUCCCAUUCGAAGCCUAAUCGUUGUGCCAACGAACGAAUUGGCUAGCCAAAUAUAUGAUCACGCAUUGAUCCUGUUUGAGGCGUUUCCACAGUUUGCGGUUCUACAUCUAACGAAGGAAGAUCAAGUGAGGGAGGAAGAACCCAUAGAUGUGUGCAUCUGCACACCAUUAAUACUGAUCCAUCUGAUUGAGAUGAAAAAAGUGACCCUGUCCAGAUGCAUGCUUGUUGUGUUUGAUGAGGUGGACAAAUUAUUUGAGGUAAACUUUUUGGAACAUGUGAAAAAACUGCUAGUAGUAAUUCAGAAAAGGAAAAUACAGAAGGUGUUCACCACGGCCACACUACCAGGUAGUACCCGCUCCUUUAUUAGCACCCUCUGUCCCACUUACGCGCUGGUGUACUUUGGUCAGAGUAUCAACUCAGUUAAUAGGAAUGUGAAGCAGGAGUUGCUUUAUGUAAACAGUGAGGAAGAAAAGGGGUUGGUUUUACGGAACUUGGUUGUGGGGGGUGGGUUGCACAUCCCCGUGUUGGUAUUCGUGAACGGCGUGGAGAAGGCGAAGAAGGUGCACGCCACGCUGCGUCGAGCGUUGAGCGGGGUUAGCAUGGUUGGGAAAGCUGGUAUGGUUGGCACGAUGGGCAGUGUUGGCAAUGUUGAUUCGGUGAAGGCACCGCAUGUCGCCCUGCUCACGUCUGAAAGAACAAAAGAGGAAAGGAUGCAGGUCUUUAAGGACCUUCGGGAAGGACAUGUGUGGUACCUAGUAUGCACAGACGUCUUGAGCAGAGGAAUCGACGUUCAUGGAAUCGAAACGGUAAUUAACUACGACGUCUGUUAUGAUAAGUACAGCUACAUCCACAGGGUGGGUCGGGCGUGCCGCUCAGAUUCGGAGGGAGGCAAAGCCAUCACCUUUUUUAUGCAACAGGACGUUAGGCACAUGAAGGACAUCGUCAAAUUUGUUAAGAGCAGUGGUACGGAGGUGCCAGCUUAUUUGGAAAACUUUCCCUUUAAGGCUGCACGCGGGGUGGGCUUCCACGCGAGGGGGAAGAAAACCCAUCUGAAGAAGGGGAAGAAAACCCAUGUGAAGAAAGGGAAGAAAACCCAUGUGAAGAAAGGGAAGGAAACCCAUGUGAAGGCAAAAAAGUUGGUUUUUAAGGCGCAAAAAUCGGGUUUUAAGGCAAAAAAAACGAGUAGGAAGACGAAGAAGGCGUAA